CACAUCACCUGAUGUCCUGCGGUACAGGUACCACAACAGUCUUCUCCCCCACGACACCCAGGAAAACGAUUGCAAGGCACGCCACAUCGCACCACAUCGCACCGCACCGGUCCAAAGAGCAACCAUGGUCCGCACCGGUUUGUUGAGACAGGGGACUCUCCGCUGCAGGAACUCCUUCGCCGCGAAAGCAGCCGCCCACUCCCUGCCGGGAACGGGAACAACGGGCCCUUCUGCCUCCUCGUUCGGGGGUGCCCGCCGGUCCUUUCUGUGCCAGCAUCGGCCGGGAAGACCGAUAGCGAUAAAGGCAUCGGCAUCGGCAUCGGCAACAAUCCACCCAAACCCCUUGUGCGCUUCCUMCCGCCGCUCCUUUGCGGAAGGCUUUGCCAGCGAAUCGGACUACCACACGGCGGCCGACGAAACCCUGGAGGACCUCCUGGACGCGUUGGAGGCCGCCAUCGAGGACCACUGCGACGACAUGGUGGCCGCGGGCGGAGGCAGCGAAAACGAAAACGACGACGAGCCCGAGGCGACCCUCGCCAGCGGCGUCCUCACCGUCGGCCUCCCGCCCCACGGGACGUGGGUCAUCAACAAGCAGACGCCCAACCGGCAGAUCUGGUGGUCCUCCCCACUCAGCGGCCCCCGGCGGUACGAGCACGACGGGGAGGACUGGGUCUGCACGCGUGCCGAGGGGGAGGGACCCAAGACGCUGGCCGAGGCCCUGGAGGGGGAGUUCGAGGAGCUGUACGGGAUUUCCCUGGGCCUGUAGCCACGGGGGUUCGCGGAAGAGCAAAAUCGUUCUCGAGACGAAGACCGUCGAGAGGCCUACACCGGUGGCAACCGCUGCGUGCAAAGGCAAUCGCAUCGCAGCCACUAGCAUCCCACGCUUGCUGCCGUGGAAAAUCCUCGUUUGCCACGAGUUGCAACUAUAACAGAAUCAUU